AUUCACUGUCCGCCCCCACUUUCCAUGUUCGCCGAGGCAUCAUACUUCGCCCGACUUCGGGCUAUGCGAGAAACGUUCCUUUAGUUCUUCCCAAAUAUCUUGCGCUUUAUCAAACCAGAGGAUGCUCUGAGCAAUUGAUGGAGAGACAGAUUUGAUGAUCCAAGAACUUACAAUUUCGCACUAAGCAUGACUGAAAAAAAGCUGGUUUACGAUUUUCUUGAGCUUCAACAGGAAGUAGAAACUAAUGUUCUAUUUCCACAUGAGUAUGAUUUUGGCACUGUGUGUACCUGCGAAGACUGCUUUCAAAAAAUCAAGAUGCUUAAGAAAUUCGAGGAAGAGCUGCAAGCUAAAAGGGAGCUAGUCAGGGACUGUAUAGAUUUGCACCAGGACAAUUUUGAGCGCUGUUUGCAUCUUGCUAGCGCCUCCCAUUGGGCGAUAAGGAUGUUACGUUUGCUUCGCAAUAACCACCAAAUAGUUUCCAAGAAGGGAGGACUAUCAUCGACGCUUGAAAAGGACAAAUUGGAAGAGCAAAUGGAACAUUUAAAUGAUCUGACAUCCAAUUUGCUUUUUGAUCAUUUGAUUAGUAAACCCGUGGUUGCAAGUGAUCCUGGUAAUGAUAAGGAGGAAACUGAUAUCCUUCCUCUUGCAAAGGAGAUCAGAGAUGGGUUAUACAAAUACGGGAUUACCAAAUUUAAGGAUGUCACCAGUCACAUUCUUAAAGAGAUUGAACAGAUUGAAAAAGAACAUAUGCAGGAAAAGAAAUCUGCUGAAGCACAUAAGAAACAGCUCGAUCCUAUAAUUUCCAAGAAACAUAUAGAGAAACAAAUUAUGGUGGUAAAGAAGUUGCCACUUAAUGAAUUGUAUCUCGAAUGUCAAAAGCUGGUUGAUGAAAUUUCCCCCUUUGAUGAGCGCAACACUUUGUUGUCAAAAGCUUAUAAAGACACUAUGUCCACUCUUUCUGAUAUGAUAAGAGUACGGUUUGAGUUUUGGCUACGAUAUCAGAGCGCUUCCCUAAUUAAAAAGGACCACAUCAUGAGCGGAUUGAAAGAUGCACUAGAAUCAUUAUGCAAGAAGGCUGCUUCGUUCAAUGAUGGGUGGGAGGUGGACUAUGCUCCUUAUUUUACUGCCUAUGAACGAAAAGAUACACACCCCAAAAGGUCAAGGAUUCAAUAGAAGGAUGUUGGGAGGAUGUUACUUUUGACAUACAUACAUACAUGUACAUAUAUGUAGUAUUAUAUAUCUAACGCUUUUUUGUUGAAGAUGAGUGCUUGAUCUUAAUGUAUAUUCUCGAAAUUGGGAUAUUGUAAUGUAAUUAACUACAGUUAGACCCGCUGGCUUGAGAUGGAACUUCAAAGUUGAUAUAACCUUCAGAUAGUUGUUUUGUUACUGCAGGUUUAUGCUGAUGAUUUACUAAAGGUAGUUACUUUCA